AUCUAGAACGUCCCGAUAAUUGUUGAUUUAUGAUACUCACGUUUCCUCACUCUUAAUAUCUCUCUUUUUCUCUUUCUCUCUCCUCACCUCUACACAAAACAACAAAUCAACUCCAAUUAUCCACCUAUUGAAGCCAUUGUUGUACCUUCUCUAUUUCAGAUCCAAGCAAUUCAAUCAUGUCUACUGCAGUCUUUAAUGGCGAUGAAACUGCUCCUUUCUUCGGCUUCCUCGGGGCUGCUGCCGCUCUCGUCUUCUCUUGUAUGGGAGCUGCAUAUGGAACGGCCAAGAGUGGAGUAGGGGUUGCGUCAAUGGGAGUGAUGAGACCAGAAUUGGUGAUGAAAUCAAUUGUUCCGGUUGUUAUGGCUGGAGUUUUGGGUAUUUAUGGAUUGAUUAUUGCUGUGAUCAUCAGUACUGGUAUUAACCCUAAGGCUAAAUCUUAUUACCUUUUUGAUGGUUACGCUCAUCUCUCUUCUGGUCUUGCUUGUGGUCUAGCUGGGUUAUCUGCUGGUAUGGCUAUCGGUAUCGUUGGUGAUGCUGGUGUUAGAGCCAAUGCCCAACAACCCAAGCUUUUCGUUGGAAUGAUCCUAAUCCUCAUUUUCGCUGAAGCUUUGGCUUUAUAUGGACUCAUUGUUGGUAUCAUCCUCUCUUCCCGUGCUGGUCAAUCAAGAGCCGACUAAAAAAGUUUCACAUCUUGAUCUGUAUUUGUUUUCAACGCCCCUGCGGAGAUGUAUUAUUUUGUUGUCAAGGCAGUGAGAAGGUUUGAUUGACAUCCAAAGUUGCUCUUGAAGGAUUUGAUCUUCUUAUUGUUUUGUAGUUGUGAUUGGUGGUUCUUCUACAUGGGGAAUGCUUCUACCAGUUUGUAGAGUUACAGUUUAGUGUCUCCUCCAAAUAAAAUGAUGCUGCUAUAUUAUUGUUUGAUUUCAUAUCUAUGCGCUCCUGGAUAUGGAGAUUCAGUUUGAACAACCAUGUAACCUAUUAUUAGAUUUCCAACAUUCUUUUGAGUUAUUUUCAUAUUCGGAUUUCA